GCCUGACGGAGGAAGCAGGAUGAACGUGGCACAGGUAGUGAGCGCAGUGGUGGUGAGCGUGGUGGUGGGGAGAGUAAUGGGAAGUUCGGUCAAGCUACACCCCUCACCUACCACAUACAAACCCCACUACAACACCCUGUACACUCCGAAGCCUCACCACGCCCCACUCUACUCCCCAAAACCGACCUACGCCCCACUGUAUUCCCCUAAGCCCACCUACACCCCGAAACCCACCUACAGCCCACCACUCUACACCCCCAAACCCACCUACGCGCCUUCCUACACCCCAACGCCUACUUACGCGCCUCACUACUCCCCUGCACCCAAGUACGCCCCGCCACAUCCCUCCCCCAAGCCUACCUACUCCCCAGCCCCUGCUUACAAGCCCCACCACCACCACGACGACUACUACUACGACGACAAGCCAGCACACUAUGACUUUGGCUAUGGCGUGUCAGACAACUACCACGGGACCACUUUUGGCCACUCAGAGAAGCGUGCUGGCUACCGCACAGAGGGCCAGUACUUUGUGGAUCUUCCUGACGGCCGCAGGAUGGUGGUUACUUACUACAGUGAUGACACUGGCUACCACCCAACUAUUACGUAUGAGGGCACUCCUACCUAUCCUGCCCAUCCAUUACCUUACAAACCCAAGCUGAUUCACAAGACUGCCUACACUCCCAAACCUCAGGCAUACAAGCCCAGACCAUCAUACAAACCUUUAUAUUCAGGACAUUGAUUACUUUUAUUUUUUGUUUUCUAUCUUCAGCUAUUUAAAUCAAAUAGAGAAAUAGGUGUGUGUGUGUGUG